GUCUUUACUAUAAGAAUCAGUUAAUUUUUUCGGUAUUCUUUGAUAGUCUGCCGUUAAAAUAUAGUUGCUAUAGCUCAAUGCUGCCAGCUCUUUUUGGGGAUAGUCCAUGCUUCAUGAUGUCUUUGUACAGUUACAUAACCACAACAACUCCAGAGAGUGAUCGAUUUUUACGCUUCAGUAUCCUUGCAGUGUUUGUUUUACUUACAAACUAUCUAAGUGUAAUCAUUGAGCCUAUCAAUUACUUUGGGUAUACAAUAACUUGCGCAAUAUGUGUGCAUAUUCAAAUCGCUGGCAUACUCUACGGUAUCUACUUAGUAAAAGAGCCGAAGUCAAAUGAAAGUUUUUCUCAAUUGAAUGAUUCCGCUGCCGAUACUCUUUUAACAAAUCUGGAUGACUUGCCGAUUAAAGAGAACGUCACAAAUGUGAAAUUAUCGUUGAAACCUCCUCGACGAAAUGUGUUGAAAGAAUUCUUUGAUCCGAGUCUGCUGUUGGAGUUUAUUAAAUUACCUUUUAAGAAACGAGGCAAUAAUGGAAGCCUUAUAUUUCUGCUAUUAAUUUUGUGUUACUACUUGACUGUGGGAACUAUAUACAUUGAAUCAAAAUAUUAUUAUGAUCAUAGUCACAACACAUACAGAAUGAAAAAACUUGUGACAUCUAUUAUUGGAGCCUGUCUUUGUGGUGUCAUUUUUAGUAAAAUGUGGAAAUUCUCCGAUUCCAUGAUUGGAAUCUGGAUUGCUGUCUUCACAGCUGUGUCACGCGGCAUGUUUGUCAUUGCAGAUACUAAAACAACUUCUAAAGAGUUUUAUACUGCUCAAGUGCUCGAUUUGUUUUCCAUUCUUCGUAUAAUACCAAUUAAAUGCAUAGCAUCAUCUAUUAGUGAGGGCGAUGGAAAAUUAUUUUCUUUCUUUGGCAUCUUGGAACCAAUUGUUGUCUUCAUAUAUCCACGCAUAUUUGUUCCAGUCCUUUCUGUCGUAAUUGAUUCAUUUGAGAAUUUAAUGUUGCUAUUUAUUGAACUGUUUUACGUACCAACUAUGCUGAUUUUGUUUGCUUGCUAUUUUCUAAUUCGUCAUCGUAGUGCGAACUUGGCUUAGCAAAAUUAAGAAACUGAAGGGACAAAUACAGAUCCGAAGAUCCAUGAUCUAUAAUCAAAUCAAAUUAAAAAUUGUAAUACUAAUUUUUAUUUCUAUUUUGUGUGUGUAACAAGCCGUAAGAAAGACGA